AUGGGUUUCCGCAAGAAGAACAAGAGUCCGCCGGUGCUGAGCCAUGAGUUUGUCAUCCAGAAUCACGCGGAUAUGGUGUCGUGUUUGGCCAUGAUAAUCCUGCUCGGCCUGAUGUUUGAGGUUACGGCAAAGUUUGCCAUAAUGUUCAUCACAGUUCAGUAUAAUGUAACAGAAGUUCAAGACGAGAAGCAGGAAGCAGUUAAUCUUUACCAGUAUGGGCCGAAAGAUGUGGCGACUGUGUUCUUCUACCUUCUGAUCGGAGUCAUUCUUCAUGCUUUGAUACAAGAAUAUAUUCUGGAUAAAAUAAACAGGAGAUUGCACCUGUCAAAAACGAAACACAGUAAGUUCAACGAGUCUGGACAGCUUGCUGCGUUUUAUCUCUUCUCCUUCAUCUGGGGUUGCAGCAUCCUCACAGCGGAGGACUUUGCCACAAACCCAACCUUUCUGUGGGAAGGGUACCCUCACACCCGCAUGGUUUUUCAGGUCAAGUUCUUUUACAUUUGCCAAAUAGCCUAUUGGCUUCAUGCACUGCCAGAGCUAUAUUUUCAAAAAAUAAGAAAGGAGGACAUCCCGCGGCAGCUCUACUACAUCUGCCUUUACGUCGUCCACAUCAGCGGUGCCUAUGUUCUCAACCUUCACAGACUCGGCCUGGUGUUACUCGUCCCUCACUACCUGGUGGAGCUUCUCUUUCACGCCUCACGCCUCUUUUACUUCAGCGAUGAAAACAAGCAGAAAGGUUUUACGCUGUGGGCUCUUCUCUUUGUCAUCGCUCGUCUGCUCACGCUGACACUGUCUGUUCUGACUUUUGGUUUUGGACUUCCCCGGACAGAAAACCAGGGCUUCUCUUUUGCAGAAGGAAACUUUAAUGUACUCACCAUAAGGAUGACUUGUUUGGCAGCCAUAUGUCUGACACAGGCCUGGAUGAUGUGGAAAUUUAUCAACUUUCAGCUGAAGAAAUGGCGAGAGCACAGUCAGAAUCAGGCUUCAAAGAAGAAAGCAGUCAGCCCAAAGAGCAAGCCCCCCAAACGAGAGGCCACACGAGGAGGCUCGGCAAAUGGAGUCGUAAAGUCGGAUGAAAAAAUGUCACCACGAGCCAGAAAAGCCAAAGCUUCAUAG